CAGUUGUGCCGUAGAAGUGCUAAAAACAAUCGUGCCUUGCCGUUGGUCUUGAAAACAAGACCUGGCCUUCCUAGCUUACGCCCUGCCAUUCCCUGGGCCGACGCUGAGGUCGGGCUGCAGACAUUCCUACCCGCCACCCUCCCGGGUAAUGUUCCUAUUGACGGGUUCGGUGCAUCGUAAAGGUGUGGCGGGCUUGCGAACCGCGUCAAUGUGAGGCGAACCACACGUGAAGCCGCGCGAUUUGUCCACGUUAAGCCAAUCGCAGCGCGACUCCUUCGGGCUGGGCGGCUAUGCGGUGUGAUCAACGACAGCUCGCUCAGCCUCAGUUGCAGGUAGCUCUACCUAUGCUUCUUGGGAAGGAUGAGAUGCCCUUUUAAUGCACAAGUACUCUCUCGUUAUUUCGUCGCCUGUGCCCACUGCUCGUGCGCACACUCAAUUCAUAAAAACAUCUGUUCUGCCUCCAAAGAUGUCCACCUUCACCUUCUCUUCCAAUGGCGACGUCGUCCUUUGCAUCCCAUCGCACACAUCUGUCACUCUCCAAUACACAUGCUCUUCGCCGUGUGUGACGAUGACGAAACCUCCAACAACUCGACAGUCUUGCGUGCACCGCGGCAGCGACCUGGACGGAGCACGAUGGGGCACACCUUCCAAAGGCGCACGCGGCACCGCUGGAGACCGCUGGCGACCGUCUUGCACAGAUACGAGAGUCUCGCGGUACAGGACGCAGCGUCAGCUCGAAGCGCCACCGGCUCGAGAUUACCUGUCAAGCGUGUCCGCACGACCCUCGCAGCAUGAACGCCGCGUGGGGGGAUACGACGACUUGGCAGUAGCGAGAGGGAGACAACGCGCGCGCUCUCCUGCUCUCCCGUCUUCAGCCUCCAGAGUGAGAAGAUGUAACACGGGCGGCAGCACGAUGAACUCCGGGAAGCAUUCCAACGGCGGGAAAGAGGUGGUCAAGUACAUUGGAGAUAGGCCGCUGCACUACGACGAUGACGACAAUGAUACAGUCAUGCCGGCCGACUCGAUUUCGCAAGUAUCUUCGAAGUACUCGCAACCUCCGAUUUCCUCGAAAAGUCGAUACCGGUGGAAGGGGCCGGGUGGGUAUGGGCGGCGGCGUGAUGACGCGCAUGGGCACCACUUGAACCUUGGCCAAGACCGAGUGUCGGCGUACGAGGGCCAGAGAGUGUACGAUGGAGAUCGGGGUUGCUUUAUCGAGGAGCGAUGGCCGCAACGUGCACAACGUUCUGCAAGACAGUCGUUGCAGGUGAGAUGUAACUUGGAAUAGCUUUGCAGUCAUCGAAUAUCACCGUGGCUUGAAGGCGGCAGUAUGCGACUCAGGUCGGUCCAGUAGUCUGGUAUGCAGGCGUCUGGCCUUGAGCUGCCGGCGAGCGUCUCAUGGGCGGAGGAGGUGGCG